AAGCGGCAAAUAGAAAUUGGCUUUUGGCUCAGAUGGCGGCAAUUGGUUUUACGAUCUUCUAUGAAUCCUGAGCCCUAAUUUUCACUUUCCAUAGAAAACCCAUUUUUUCCUUUUCCUUUUGAGGCCAUAAAAGUUACGUUCUUUCUUCUGUUUCUCACCCGUUGAACUCUUCUUCAGGUGAAGAAUGGAUGUGAUUUGUAUGUCGUCAAUUCCAAAAAGACAGAAGAUUGAUGAAGUAGAAAAUGUGGGUGAGAAUGAAGAUAGAAUCAGUCAAUUGCCGGAUUGUAUUCUCCAUUGCAUCCUGUCUCUCCUUCCAACUAAAGAUGCUGUAGCAACUUGCAUACUAUCCACAAGGUGGCAGGAUCUAUGGAUCUCAGUUACCAACUUAGACUUAAAAUGCACUGGUAACUACAGAAAGGGGGAAGACUGGAAGUUUAAGAGCUUCACUCAUUUCGUGAAAAAAGUGCUUCUGGUCCCUUCUUCAAAUAUUAAGAAGUUUCGUCUCUCACUUGAUGAUUAUCUUCAUCGUUCAUAUGCCAAUCCUUGGAUCAUUGCUGCCGUUAGACGACAAGUUCAAGAGCUUCGUCUCUCACUCUAUUCUCAAAAAAAGUACAUGUAUAAAUUCGUGGAUCCCUCCUUAAUGCCUUCUCAAAGAAGAUUUCUGUUGCCAGACUGUCUUUAUACCUGCAAAACAUUAAGGACAUUGAAAGUCAAAGUAUCCUGUGAUUUGGAACUUCCUGGAACCAUCUGCCUUCCAAACCUCACGGUUUUACAUCUUUAUCACGUUAACUUUGAAGAUGAUGUUUCUAUCCAUAAAUUAUUCGCUGGUCUUCCAGUCCUUGAAGAAUUGGAAUUGACUCGUUGCAAAUGGAAUAUCUUCACUGCUACAAUCUCUAUCCCAACACUAAAGAGCUUAACUUUGGAUUUUUCUUUGGAUCCUGGUGAUGACAUGUAUGGAUGUCUCAGGCUGAAUGUAGAAAAUCUUAUGUACUUCAGUUAUACAGGUGACUUGAAAGUUGAUUUGCUUCUAGGUAACUCGUCUUCUUUAGUUGAUGCAUCUUUACACGUGGGAGGCUUUGUGCGCCAUGAUGAAGCUCCAUCCCACGCAGCUAAUCUCUUCAAUGGAAUUCGUUUUGCCAAAUCAAUAAAAAUUGAUAAUGACACCAUGGAGCGUCUCUGUGAUAUUGUAUUUGUGGGGGUCCUGGGGGAGGAGGCGAUCCCUAAAUUUGGUUAUGUGACCUCUUUGGAAGUGAAUGCAACGAUGACAAGUGAAACAAGUGAUAUACUCAAGGACUUUCUUCAAAAUUCACCUAUCCUUGAAUCUCUUGUUGUUAGGAAGGUACAUGGUGGACAGUGGGCAAGAGAUUCGACUCAGUGUCCUAUGUUGAGCCUCAAAACAUGUAUCCUGCUAUAUUUUAGUGGGCAGGCGCCUGAGAUGAGCUUUUUGAAGUUUGUUUUGAAGAGGUGUGCAGUGUUGGAAAGGAUAAAGCUCUACUGUGCAAAAUGUCUGUCAAGUAAUCCUGGGAAGUUAGAGUAUAUUUACAAGCAGCUAGAAAAAGCACUACCCAAAGACUCGAAGAGUUGUGUAAUUGAGUUUCUGUAACACACAAACUACCUUUGGUUUAUGCCCCCUUUUAAAGAACUAAAAGUUCAUGGUCCGAAGUCGUUUUUGAUCGAGUGGCAAUGUACACAUGAACUUCCUUUGGUUUCUGUCACCUUGUUUAGGCUGUUCUUGGCAGGUAUAUCUAUUGUUCUUUACUUGUUCUUGACAGGUCUAUCGAUUGCCGACUUCAUUUUUCAGUUGUAGUCUAGGAACAUGUUGAUAUGUUUUGUUCCUCAUUUUCACAAUAAUAGGGAUUGAUGUGUUGCCACUGAUUAACCUAAUAUAUGGUACUAUGAGCUUAAG